AAGUGUCAGGAAGUGGUGCUGAGUUGGCAGCAGAAUAUACCAUCCCAGAGGAGGCUGUAAAAAGCUCCGGGAGUGGGAGAUGACAGAGCAGCCACACUGCCCGUGCUCGGGGAGCCAGAGAACUCCAGUAGUGACAUAAAUUAUUGGAAGAGUGUUCAUCCAGGGAAUUGCAGGCAGACAAAGCAGCUCUGAUGAAAUGCAUCCCUGUCAAAGACAGUUUGUUUCAGCUGAGGCUUGAAUAACAGCACAAGUGAAAACCAGAGUAGCCUGGUGAGGGGGAAAGCGAAGUGGAGUCACUGUACUUUUGAAGGCUACAACAAGCUAAAGGCACACAGGACCCAUGGCAGCUUUGACAUGGAAACAAGAGCUUCCCAUAUUAGUCACUCCUGUAGCUGCACAGUAUAAGGAAGAGGUUUACUCAUUCUGCCCAGAGGCUGAGCCAGCAGAGACAGCAAAGCUAAUGUGAUCCAUUGAAGGAAGACAGUGGACAAUUACCAGCAACUUGUUCACGUUUUUGCCUUGGAUAGCCUAACCUGAAACUUCCAGCUGAAAAUGACCCAGCAAAUGCACAACCUGAGUCUCCUCCAGACCAAGAAGCACAGCAUGCCCUCCUCUCCCAACGCUGCCAAGCGGCUCUAUCGGAACCUGUCGGAGAAGCUGAAGGGCAGCCACACGUCCUUCGACGAGGCCUAUUUCCGAGCUCGCUCCGACCGCCUCAGCCUCCGUAAGACCUCCAUGAAUUUCCAGUGCAAUGAAGCAAUGUUUGAGGCCGUGGAACAGCAGGAUCUGGAUGCUGUUCAGAUUCUUCUUUAUCAAUACACACUGGAGGAACUGGACCUGAACACACCAAACAGUGAGGGACUAACCCCUCUGGAUAUUGCCAUUUUGACAAAUAAUGUCCCUAUUGCUAAGACCCUUCUGCACGUUGGGGCAAAGGAAAGCCCACACUUUGUUGACAUGGAAAGCAGGUCAGUGCAUCUGAGCACGUUGGUCCAGGAGGCCCAGCAGAGAGUGACUGAACUGUCUGCACAGGUGGGGAGCGAAGGGCUGGGCACCGACACCGCGGAGAGGGAGAAGCAGCUGAAGGCCUGGGAGUGGAGAUCCAGGCUGUACCAGCGCAUGAAGGCCGGCUACGAACACGCCCGAGCCCCUGAGGCGCCAACCAAUGUCUGUCUCAUGGUAACAAGCAGCACAUCACUCACUGUCACCUUCCAAGAACCUCUGAGUGUCAACUCAGCUGUGGUGACCAAGUAUAAAGUGGAAUGGAGCUCUUCAGAAGACUUUUCUCCUUUGGCUGGUGAAAUAAUUAUGGAUAAUCUUCAGUCUUUGAGGUGCUCCAUCACAGGUCUCAGAACAGGCCGGAGGUAUUAUGUCCACGUUUCAGCCUACAACAUGAGAGGAUGGGGACCUCCAAGGAAAUCUACUCCUGAAUAUGCUUCUCCUUCAAACUGGAAAGACUGCAGUGGAAGAGAACCUCGGCACAGGGGACACACUGAGGCCCUGGAACGCCUCCUUCAGCAGGUUCGAGCAGCUCAUCAGCACUAUAAUUGCCGAGAAAGUUCUAAAUUACAAAACACUGGUCGCAAGCAAUCGGUUUCCAGGAGCCUGAAGCACCUUUUCCAUUCAUCAAACAAGUUUGUGAAGACCCUGAAACGGGGACUCUACUUAUGUGUUAUACUUUUUUACAAAGACAAUAUGUUAGUAACCAAUGAAGAUCAAAUCCCAAUUGUGGAAAUCGAUGACUCUCACAGUAGUUCAGUUAUGCAGGAUUUCCUGUGGUUCACAAAGUUGUCUUGCAUGUGGGAUGACAUCAGGUGGCUGAGGCAGAAUAUGGCUGUGUCCGUGUCCUCAUCCACAGCCCUUCAGGCCAGACAGAAAAUGCUUUCAGCAGCAGCACAGCUACAGAAUUUGCUGGGAACUCACAACUUAGGCAGAGUUUUUUAUGAACCAAUCAAGGAUCGACAUGGUAAUAUACUGAUAGUUACUGUAAGAGAAGUGGAGAGUCUGUAUUCCUUUUUUAAUGGCAAAUGGAUGCAGGUAUCCAAACUACAAAGCCAGAGGAAAUCCCUUUCAACUCCAGAGGAGCCAACAGCAUUAGACAUCUUGCUUAUAACAAUCCAGGACAUACUUUCCUAUCACAAACGAAGUCAGCAACGCCUCCCUCCCGGCCUGUAUCUGGGUUACCUUAAACUCUGCAGUUCUGUGGAUCAAAUCAAAGUGCUGGUGCUGCAGAAGUUGCCCAAUGUCCUGUGUCACGUUAAAAUCCGGGACAACAGCAAUGUCUCCAAAGAUGAGUGGGAAUGGAUCCAAACACUUUCUGGCUCAGAAUCUGUGGAAAGUAUGGAUCAUACUUCAGACUGCCCUACUCAAUUGUUCUUGUAUGAGCUCCAGACGGCAGUGAAAGCUCUCCUCAAACAGAUCAAUCUACCUCUGCAUCAGGCAAAGCACUUCCGUCUGUACACACAGGAGGUGUUGGAACUGGGUCACAAUGUCUCCUUUCUUCUCCUGCUCCCCGCCUCAGACGACGUCUGCACUGCCCCAGGACAGAAUAAUCCUUACACCCCACACUCAGGAUUUCUUAACCUCCCUCUUCAGAUGUUUGAACUCGUUCAUUUUUGCUGCUACAAGGAAAAAUUUAUAAGCCUGUAUUGCCGCCUUUCUGCUGUCAUAGAGCUGGACUCUCUGAAAACCCAGCAAUCCCUGAGGGAAGCAAUUUCAGACAGUGAAGUCGCUGCAGCCAAACAAAGACACCAGCAAGUUAUAGACUACAUACAGCAAAUCGAUGAGAUCUGGAGGGAAAUGAGAUGGAUCACAGAGGCACUGCAGUAUGCAAGGUACAAGCAGCCAGCAGCUGGCCUGCCCAUAAAGAAGUUUGUGGAUCUUUCAGAAGAACACCCUCAAAAGAAAAUGAGCUCCACCUCUUCACACCUAGACUGUCUUCCUUCACCUCCCCCUUCCCCUGAGGCCAGAAUCCAGAGGAGAAAAGCUGUGAGUGACUCCCAGCCCUGCUCAGACGAGGAAGGCUGCUCUGAAGUGUUCCUGCCCACCGACAGCGACUACGACUCCAGCGACGCUCUGAGCCCCAGGGAACUGGACCUGAUUUACUCCUCAUCCCAGGACAUCUCCCAGCAGGCCGGCAGUGGCCUGGGAGGCAGCGCUCCUGACGUCCUCCAAGCCCACGACAUGAAGCCCUGCCUGACUCUGCGGGAAGGCCUGAUGGAGCGCGGUGCCUUUGAUCCUCACGCUGAAUGUUGCACAGAGUCCAUGAGCAAUCUGACCCUGUCGGGGCUCACAUCAAAAAGCACAGACAAGUCCUCCAGCUCCAAGCAGCCAUUGGGCUUUUUAGGGAAAAAAAAGCUCGGGAAGCACCAACAUUACAACUACUUCAGCCGGCAGCACCGCUGGCUGCGCGUGCACAGCGAGACACAGGCGGGCUCCCUGUCCGAGGGGGUCUACACUCAACAUCUCAUGAGAUCUCCAGAUUUGUCCCAAGAACCUACCUCCAGCGAGCAGUUAAAGAGCCCCAUCGAUGGGUCUCGGAGCACUUUCGUACCUCAUGCAUCCAGCCUGCCAGAGGAUGAGCAAGGCAAGUAUGAGGAACCAAGGCAGAACGUCCACAGGAUACAUGUGGAGCCUUAUGAAACGACACUGGGGGAUGAGGAGGGCAAGCCCUGGUCUGUAGGACACACAGAUGUGCACAGUGCUAUGCAACAGACCACGGGUCCAGAUGAGCAGCUGGGUUCUGCUGUCCCAGAAGUCUUCAGCAGCACCCUUUAGCCCCAGAAUCCUGCAUGGCUUCCCAUGAGAUAUGAGCAUUAUGCACAGAAGGCCACACUUUCAAAACUGCUUGUAAAAUUCCAGCUCCUGAAACAGCAACUCACACCACCCAGAAGAAUCCUGAUCUUUUGACUUCCUCACCAGCUUUCUGGUCUCACAGAGGUAUCAUCUGUCAGGGUGCGAGCAUCAUUGUUAUUAUUGGCAUCUGCAGGUUUGCAGGUAGAGUCGCAACAAUCACCACAUAAUAGAACAAUCUGUGGCUGCAAAUCCAGUAACAGCAGGUCUCUUGAUGUCCAUGUUUCUCUGAGCAUGCAAAAUUUUAAGCAUGAGUGGUUCUGCCUGCAAGUUAGCAGAAACUUGGUGUCCUCAUGUUAGGGCUGUGUCCUAAACUUCUAUUUACCUGUUUUCCGCUGUUUCCUGUAAAUUUUUCUACUUCUCAGCCUUCUCGAGUGGAUUUAGGUUGGAUAUAACUGGAGUGCUAACUGGUCUAGUAACACAAAUAACCCGGAGUUUCUAGGCAUUUAAAGAAGUGAAAAUUCUUUCAAUAUCUACAAAAUGCAGUCAACACCAUCUCUGACUGCCGUCAGAGCCUGACAUAAUUAGCACAAUGGGGUUUUUUCAGGAGCUUAGAUUUCAAAUUAUUUAUGUAGCAAGUUAUUUUAAAACCUUAGGAGGUGAACCUUUCAGGUCAAGAGCAGGCAAAGUGAGGCCAGGUUCUGGAAGAAAAAUAGGCAGGAUCUGCAUGAGAUUGAAGCAAAGUUUGCUCUGUCUUCUGCCACCACACGAGCACAGUUCAUUAUGUUGGAAUAACUCUUACACAUCCCUUGGAAAGAAAUGCCCCUAUUUUUGUUCCUGAAUAUUCACUGUAAUUUGAUCACCACAUCUGAAAUUGGGAUAUUCUGGCAAUUCAGAUGAAGGAAAUCUGGGGUGCAGUUUGAAUCUAAGAUUUUAUCUUUGGGCCCCCAAUAAAUCCUCAUAUCAUAAGGAGGGUGGGAGGUGGUGAGUUAUCAUCUUGGACUGUUUAAAGGCAGAUCACACUGAGUCAGGAUUUUGUCCUUUGCAACCACAAUAAGACUUAAGAGAACUACAGAAGAUGAUCUCAAAAAUGAAAUCUGUAUUAAUGAGAACCAUAACACUGGAGUCACUAAGAAACGAACUAAUGUGGAGAGAAACCCCAGCUGUUGCACAAGCUUUAAUUUUUCUUAAACAGUUCUUGAAGUUUAAUUUUAUAGGCCACAUUCCUGCUGGUUAAAUUCCCUCACUCCGUGUUUGCGCAGCCUUCUACCUUUCGGUUUUCCAGCCUCCAGGUGGAUACAUUCUAAGGCCCCCAAUAAAGAGAUUUGAGUUAAAUAGUUGAGUUUACAAGUCCUUGAGGUAAAGGUAAGGAUUUGGGCCCAUGAUCUGUGGUCCUUAUUAAAAUAGCACUUCCAUAACCCCAGUGCUAUUAAAAUCCCUGUGAACUCAAUCCAUAAAUUCAAAAAUAAAUGUUAUUCACUAUUUUAUGCUUGGUCAGUAUGUGGAAGCCAAGAAGAGUCUUUGCAGUGAUAGGAAAGGCAAAAUCUUUCUCACAAGGGAUUUACAUUUGUAACUUCUCUUUUUGGGAGCGGGAAGUUAACUUUUUUGCACCAAAAAUAUUCAUUCAUUACCUGAUCCAAAGCCCAGUGAGGAUGGAAAGACUUCCAUUCACUCCCACAGGGUUUGGAUGAGACCCACACUGAAAAUUCCUGUGGGUGAGAGCACGGGGGGGGAGCAGAAGUGUCAGUGCCCAUUUGCAGUUAGAAGGACACACAUUGUGUGGAGCUGGGACUGGGGAAGGCCCGACUCACCCUCCAGAGCCAAGCAGAGAUGUCACUGAAGGCACUCACAGCUGGUUGCUUUAGAUUCUGUUCAUUAGCAGAAGGCUUUGCACCAGGGAGACAAACAAUGUGAUGCCCAUAUGCAGAGCCAAAAUAAUUUACACAGUUUUCUAGUGCCCAGCCCCUCAUCCAGGCUCCCCUAAUCUGUCUCACCUCAAAGUAAAACUGCCAUAAAACUGCCUAUUAAAGAAUAAAAAUAACAAUGCACUGAGGCCAUAUGUUUUUGCAGGAAGUGACAAGUUA